GAUGUUCAAACCAGUUUUUGGCUUGGCUUGAAUAAAUUGUUUACAUUUUCUUGUGCAUUUUAUAUUUACAUUUGUAUUAUUUUUUACAACUAAUUGGUUAUUUUAAUUGCUUAUUAAUAGUCAUCGCGAUUUACUGAUUGGAAAGAGAGAAAGACACAGCUCUGAUUAUGUCUGCGAUUAUACCUAAAGUGACCAAAUUAUCCGAGAGAGUUAUCCGUGUUUUGGGAUGUAAUCCUGGUCCGUUUACUCUACAAGGUACAAAUACUUAUUUGGUUGGUACAGGUGAUAAUAGAGUGCUUAUUGAUACUGGCGAAAAUAACAACAAAGAAUAUAUUAGCACUUUGAAAGAUGUGCUGCAAAAAAAUCAAAUUAAGCUAUCCAAUAUCAUCAUAACACAUUGGCAUGAUGAUCAUAUUGGUGGUCUAUUGAGUGUUUUAGGUUUGUCAAAUGUGCCUUCAAACUGCAAAGUUCUGAAAUUCAAAAAUGAUGCAAAUGAUAUUACUGAUAGUCGAUUAACCUAUGAAUACCUGAAAGAUCAACAAACGAUUGAAGUUGAUGAUAAGACAACUUUAAGAGUAUUCCAUACCCCUGGUCACACCGAAGAUCACGCUGUUUUACUUUUGAAUGAAGAUAAAACGUUAUUCAGUGGCGAUUGUAUUCUCGGAGAAGGAAGUGCUGUUUUCGAAGACUUGCGGGAUUAUCUAAACUCACUUCAGAUUAUAUCUUCUCUUAAACCUGACAUAAUCUUCCCUGGCCAUGGUCCUGCUGUUGCAAAGCCCGAAGAAAAAAUCUUGGAAUAUAUAAAUCACCGUCUAGCUCGUGAAAAGCAAAUCCUUGACUGCAUUGGCUCAGCCAAAAGCGAAUCAGGCAUAACGAUCCAAGAAAUCGUAUCCAUCAUUUACAAGGAUACUCCAAAACAUCUACAUAUGGCCGCUGCUUCUAACGUCUCACAUCAUUUGUAUAAGUUAUUGAAAGAUGAGAAAAUAGAGUCGCCUGAUGAACUGCAUUACUCGCUGAAAAAGCCAAGCAUUUGACUGAAUAAAAAAGACCUUCACCAAUAUUGUUGAUGCUUAUUA